UUCCUCAAAUCUGAUUUUUUUUUCUUGUGCGUUUCUUUAUCUCUUUAUACAUUCAUGGUUGUUUUGUUUUGUUUCUCUCUUCAGUCGUCUUGAUUGCUUCUACCAUUGUUGCUUUCUAUUGGGUCAUGAAUUUAGGUACUUGAAUAGGGUAAUGGAUAGAUGUGAAUGAAUUCUUUGAGAUUUCUGUUAUUGCUUUUCUGCUCGGUAUGGAUUUGAGUUGGAUUGCGCUUCUGUGACGUUGUAUUGGAUAAGUCAGGCAUGAUUAGCGUAUUUCUGAGUUGUUAAUUGUCUCUGAUGCUUGACCUAGGGCACUAAACAAGACCAAAAGGACAUAUGAAUUUGAAUUGUGUUUUUCUUUAAUUUCCUAUUGUUGGGUAGCUUCAGGUGUUAGCAUUGUGAGAGGAAACCAACAAGAUUUGGUCUUAAGGAAAUUUAUGAACCAUCAACUAUGAAAAAAUAUUUACUUCCGUCUAGUAAUCAGCCUUUAUCAAUUAAAGAAAAUUUAUUUAAUUUCUUAUCUGUCUAAUAAUCAGCCUGUUUAAGUUGAUGGCUUGGUAUUUUACCAUGUUUGCAUUUUAUGAUACUCUAUAAAUUCUACACUAUUGUUGUCCAACAUGUAUUUGGUAUUGGUAUCAUCUCAUAUCUUCUCUUGAUACAUAUAUGUUUUUUUAUUUUAAAUGCCACAACAGAGAUCCAUUUCAAAUAAACACAAACUCAAAUAGAUGCAUUCAAAUCAUGCUGCAAAAUUUAUCGGUGGUCACUGCAAAAAUUAUCUUUUAAAUUCUCCUUUACACUCUAAUAAUCCACAUAGACACCCCAAUCCACUGCCCCGCCUCCGAAUUUGUGAACAAUCUGCACUGAGCAGCCACCUGCAUUUGCUAGAGUCGCUGGUGGUUCUAGCUCUUCUUUCAUUUCCUGGACUGUCUCAUUGUCGACUGCUACUCUGAUCUUUUGAGGGGCAAGAAUGAGUACGCAUAGUAUGUUGGAUACUGCUUUAAAUGAUAUACUUCAGGUGGUCACACCAUUACAAGAAGAUUGGCAGAUACGAUUUUCAAUUAUUAACGAUUUAAGAAGCAUUGUUGAAUCUGUGGAAAGCUUGAGAGGAGCAACUGUUGAGCCAUUUGGGUCAUUUGUAUCUAAUCUCUUCACCCGAUGGGGUGACUUGGAUAUUUCAAUUGAGCUAUCAAAUGGUUUGCAUAUUUCAUCUGCUGGGAAAAAACAAAAACAAAAUUUAUUGGGGGAAGUUUUAAAAGCUUUGAGAAUGAAAGGUGUAGGGAGCCACUUGCAGUUCAUCCCCAAUGCACGAGUUCCCAUUUUAAAAUUUAAAAGCAACCGUCAGGGUAUAUCUUGUGACAUUUCAAUUAAUAACUUGCCAGGCCAAAUGAAAUCCAAGAUUUUGCUUUGGAUGAACAAGAUAGAUGGCCGCUUUCAUGAUAUGGUUUUACUGGUCAAGGAAUGGGCCAAAGCACACAAAAUCAAUAACUCUAAAACUGGAACUUUCAACUCCUAUUCCCUAAGUCUACUUGUCAUAUUUCAUUUUCAGACAUGUGUUCCUGCAAUCUUACCACCACUCAAAUAUAUAUACCCUGGCAACAUGGCUGAUGAUCUUAAAGGGGUUAGAGCUGAUGCCGAGAAUCAUAUUGCAGAAACAUGUAAUGCUAGUAUAAACGAGCACAUAUCAAACAAGGCAAGGUCAAUUAACAAAAAAUCCGUGCCUGAUCUUUUUGUUGAAUUCUUACGAAAGUAUGCUCAGAUGGAUUCAUGGGCCUCGAAUUUGGGAAUUUGCCCGUACACUGGACAAUGGGAGCAGAUAGAGAACAACACGAUUUGGUUACCCAAGACUUACUCUAUAUUUGUUGAGGAUCCCUUUGAGCAGCCGCAAAAUACUGCAAGAUCUGUCAGUGCAGGACAACUGAAGAAGAUAAGCGAGGCCUUUUCAAAAUCAUACUCCUUUCUUUCUUCGAACAAUCAUAAUUUAAAUUCACUUUUGACCAUGUUAGCACCACCACAUGUAGUAAAAUCUAUCACAGGUAUCCAAAAUUACAACGGAAGUUACUUUCACCCAACUCAGCCAAAAGUACAGAGAGUGAUGCGCCCUCCACCGCAGUCACAACAUCAUUUUCAAUAUGGCAGUCCAGGAACAAGCUCCAACAGUUCAGCUUCAAAUGGACAUAUGCAGAUGCCUAGAGGAACAAACUUUAGCAUUCCAUCUUCAAAUGGGUAUACACAGAUGCCUAGAGGAACAAGCUUCAACAUUCCAUCUUCUUAUGGGCAUAUACCAAUGCCUAGAGGAACAAGCUUCAACAUUCCACCUUCAAACGGUCAUAUACAGAUGCCUAGAGGAGCAAGUAUGAGCAGUUCAUCUUCAAAUGGGCAUAUACAGAACCCUAGAGGAACUAAGAAGCCUAGAGGAACCAACUUCAACAUUGCAUCUUCAAAUGGGCAUGUACCGGUGAAUAAAGGCCAGCAGAUGUGGAGGCCAAAGAGUUAAAGAGGAUCUUUAUAUAUCAUUCAACAGGUUUUGACUAUUUUCUCGCUGUACUUGUUAAUACAAGUGUUUGGAAGAAUAGGAUUACGGUCUUUUUGCGCCCAUGGGGAUCAAAAUUAAACGUGUAAAUAUUACAUGAAGUUUUGGUGGGCAUCAUAUUGACAUUUAUACAACUCUUAUGUACUUGUUGUAAUAUUCGUAGCAUGCACAACUUUGCAUAUGAAGGAAGCAUUAAGUGUUUUGCUAGUUUA